AUGCCGCUCACCCUCUGGAGAGACAUCUCGCCUGUAGGCCAACCACUUCGAAGGCCUACUAGCAAGUCCCCACACGUACUAAUAAUCGGUGGUGGCGUCACUGGACUGAUAUCAGCUUGGGUCCUUCUCGAUCGGGGAUACCGCGUCACAGUCGUCAGCAGUGCGUGGGUCAGCGAUGAGCAGCGUCUGACGUCCCAGAUCGCCGGAGCGCUCUGGGAGUUCCCGCCUGCCGUUUGCGGGCAGCACACCGACAAGAUCUCGCUGGCCCACUCGAAGCACUGGUCGAUGACGGCGUACCACAUCUGGGACGGGAUCGCGUCCAUUCCCCAGCUGAGUGAGGCGUCGGGCGUGCGUAUGAUGCCGUCAGACUUCUUCUUCCCCGAGCCCGUGGAGAGCGAUAAGGCCCAGGUCGAUAAGAUGACCGAGAUCAUGGCUAGCGGUGUGAGAGGGUUCUACCGGGGCGCUGACAUCAUCGACGAAAGAAGGGUCGACCCAUCAUACGGCGCCGUGGAUGCGUACGAGCUGCUGGCUCCGGUCAUCGACACCGACAAAGCGAUGGGCUGGCUGACGGAGCUCGUCGAGAGCAAGGGAGCUGAGCUCGUCACGGAAACCAUCCACGACGACCUUGUCGAGAUCGAAGACGCGCUGAGGGCUCGAUUCGAAGCCGACGUCAUAAUUAAUUGCACGGGCCUGCAAGCCCAAGAGCUCGCCGGCGACGAGACCGUCUACCCGAUCAGAGGUGGACUCAUCCGAGUCAUCAACGACGGGGCGGACUUCCCGAAAGUAGAGGCGGCUCUGACUAUUACGGCAGACGCAGCUCACUCUUCCAACGAGAUCAUCUUCCUCGUCCCUAGAAAUGACAACAUUUUGUUAAUCGGCGGUAUAACGGAGCCUCACGAAUGGAAUCUAGACCUUACGCUAGAUACUCCCAUCAUUCGCAGGAUGAGAGAAAGGUGCGAGAAAUUCUUACCAGGUCUAGAGAAUGCGCGCCUCGACCCCGAUUACCCGCUCGCGCAGGGCCUCCGCCCGUUCAGAGGUCAAAACGUAAGGGUCGAGCGCGAGCUUCGCAGGACAGGUAGCCGCAUCAUUCACUCUUACGGACACGGUGGUGCCGGCUGGAGUCUGUCAUUCGGCUGCGCUCAAGAUGUGGCGAUGCUUGUAGACGAGGCUCUUGAGGGAAUUCCGGCCAGACCAAUGAGCGAGACGGUAUUCGAACGAAAAGCAGCCGGAUUCCAGCGAAUUCCGGUAAAACACUGA